AAAUCUAUCUGACAUUAUCAUAAAUCAAGACGAACAUUGUUUCAGAAGUUGCUAGUCUGUGUCAGCGAUCGACUUGUGGGGUUGUAUAUUUUUGUGUCGUAUAAUUUAAAUAAAUAAUAUUUUAUGUUUUGAUUCGAAGAAAAUUGUUAAAAACGUUUUAAAAAUCAAAAUGUCUCAAGGCAAGAUAAUAUUAAUGGCUUGCGGAAGCUUUAGCCCUCCAACGUUUAUGCAUUUGCGUAUGUUUGAAAUAGCAAAAGACUACAUACACUCAUUGGGUAUAGGGACCAUUGUGGGUGGUAUCAUGUCCCCUGUACAUGAUGCAUAUGGCAAGAAAGACCUAGUGGCCGCGCAUCACAGGAUAGCAAUGCUAAAAUUGGCUCUGAGAUCGUCGGGAUGGAUCAAGGUCUCGGAGUGGGAGACGCAGCAGUCCGGGUGGACGCGGACCAAACUGUCGCUGCAGUACCAUCAGGAAACCAUAAACAAUUACCUCGCUCAACUCAACAUGAAUACCACAGACGCUCCAGCCUGGCUCCCGGAUGAUAUUCUCAACGUCAACAGUAUAGACGAACCGGAUGAUCUGAGGCAGAAACUAAACGGGAAUAUAGAAGAUGAUACGAUCACUAUUAAACUGUUAUGCGGCGCCGAUUUGCUAGAAUCCUUCGCUACACCUGGUCUGUGGUCGGACGAGGAUAUAGAAACGAUAGUGGGUGGGCACGGCUUAGUGGUGGUGUCGAGAGCGGGCAGCGACCCCGGCCGGUUCAUAUACGAGUCCGACAUGCUCUACAAACAUAGGAAAAAUGUAAUCCUUAUGACGAACUAUAUAACGAACGAAGUCAGCUCGACCGUCAUACGACGGUUGCUGAGACGCGGGGAAAGUGCGAAGUAUCUGACAGACGAUGGCGUUCUAGCGUACAUACGACAAAACAGGCUGUAUGGAUCACUGCCUUGUGUCACUGAGUAUAACAUACUGAACGAAAUGAUCGCGAACUACGACAAGAGAUCGCCGCAAGACAUCAUCAUGACGUCACCAGAAGAGACCAGUUUCAAAAACAUACUAAUAUCCAUACGCGACAAACCUUCAAUCAUAGACGAAACCAUUACAGUGAAACGGCCGAAAAAAUCCAAUUUCUUACUACCAAGUCAUACUGACUGUAUUAGCCCAACUAUGGAUCCAAAACCGAAAAUCGCGUACUUAGAUAAAGUUCCAUCUACAUAUGUCCCAGGGAAAGCUGUCAAAAUCGUCAGUGACGUCACGAAGCAUGCCCUAAAAGACGAAAAGGUAAGCGAAAUAACCCACAGCUCUUUAGACAGUUACCUAUCUAGGGACGAAUAUGAUUUGUACAAACGUAGAGUAAGCGAGGGUAAUAUGGAACAAGUAAGCAAUGUUAAGGUUAAUAAGAAACGUUGCACCUCCUCUACUAUUAGGAAACUAAGGCCGGAGGAUAUGAAAAAGAGUAAAUCCGAAGUGAGUAAGUUAUGUGACAAAAUGAAGAGUAUUAAACUGAAAGAUAACAGUCGGAAUUAUAAGACGCGUAGUUGCAAUGAUAUAGUUAAGUUGAUAUUGACUAAGCAUGGUAUACACGUCAUCAGCGAUACUGAAGCGAUGGUUUAGUAAAGUUUUGUAUGUGUACAGGACUUUAUUUUGUGGUUUAAAUUAUUUCUUCAUAUUAACGAGGGUCUGUUAUAAGUAGUGUAGUCUGUGUGUACUGGACCUUAUUUUCGAGUUUAAGUUAUUUCAGACUUCAUACUGAUGAGGGUCUGUAGUAAGAUGAAGUAUUAAAUAAUUUGAGGUUUGUGAUGAGAUGAAGUCAAAAUAUUAUGAAAAAGUACGAAAUAGUUUGGUCCGGAAUGGUAUGAAGUCUGGAGUAACUUGAAGUCUAUAAUAACA